AUGGCCAAGGGCAAGGGAGUUCCUAUCAACAUGAGGGGAGAGAUGCAGAAACGUGCUCAGAUGGAGCAGGUGAGGCAGCAGAUGAUGGGAGACGACAGCGAUGGCCUUCCUGUCUUCAACGUCUUCGUCCGCAGCAAGAGGGCCGGCAUCUGGUACCCUGCCGGCACCCUCAAGGGAGACGCCCGCUCUAAGUCUCUGGUGGAGGCCUGGAGGGACAACUCGCUCUUCCUCAAGGACCAGUACAAGUCGACCCUGGACAAGGGCAUGGCCAAGUCACUCUUCGAGUCCAAGGACAAGUUUGUGGAGUCGGUCAUCAAGAUGUAUCCUCAGCUCAAGAACUCGCGCGGAGAGCUGGAGUUCGGGUACAGGGUCAGGAUCCCCGGACUGGAGGAGAAGAUGAAGGCGGAGGACCUCUCUUCUCGAAGAGAACAUGACGAAGGGAUUCCUUGA